CACUAAUUGUUCAAUCCGGGUUCUUCAAGGCAGAGAAAGACAAAGCCACUGACUUCGUCGUCAUGGCCCUGAGACCCAAUGACCCCACUAGUGGGUUUCACCAUGACAUCGUCUUGGCUUUUAUCAACGAGCAGAUGGCAAGGCACCCUAAAGGGCCUCAGUUCUAUCUUGAAAACCUGUCUUUGUCUUGGGAAGAGAUAGAAGACAAAUUCAAGGGCAUCUUAGAAGACAACACGCUGCCCAAAGAGGCCCACGAGGCCUGUGCCUGGAGCAGCCUGGCCUUGGGCGUGCGCUUUGCGCGCAGACAGGGUUAUUUACACGGGCGUCGGGUGCAGUGGCUUCACGACUUCGCUAGACUGCACAAGUCUGCGGCUAACGCCUUGGCCUCAGACCUGAAGCAGCUCUCCGAGCAACAGGAUAUGGAGCGCAGGGAGGCCGCGUUCCAGCUGCGAGUGAUGCAGACCAAACUGGCAGAGGUGCAGAAGGAACGUGACAUGCUGAGGUGGAAGCUACUCCGAGCAGUAAGAUCACCCCCUCCUCCCCCCCCCACCCCCUGGCCCCGCACCCAUGCUUGGUACCAGUCACCCCUAUUCUUUCCCUCGCCCCGCCCCACCCACACACAGCUUUGUAACACGUUUACUUCUCCCCAGGAACUGAGUGCCCUCCCAUUGGCAGAGAAGCCAGGCCUAGGCAAUACUAGGCCUAUGGCCAUGACCACUGCCUCCAACAUUGGGGGAGGGGACGGAACCUUUAUGCAUGGAACAAGUGAGAAGGAAGAGAUGACAGGGAUGGAUAUGCCUACUGCAAAUGUUUCAGAACCAAAAGCAGACGCUGCAGCAGCAAUGAUGAUGGCAACAGAGGCCACAGAGAAGCCUGAAGGAAGCUUCCAGCAACUUCUGGGAGCUAUGGAGUGGAAAAACUAUCCUUUGGGUGGGCAGGGGGAGGGUAUUGUCAAAACCCCCGAAAAGGCCACCUAUUCUCCUUUGGGAACCCCAGAGGGCACAGAUUCCCCUGAAGUCCUUACUGUCCAGCUCCCUGCAUCAUUCACAUACUCCUAUGAAUGCCCCUUCCCAGUCAUGUCCACCCCAUCUCCUCCACCUCCCAGGGGCUUAGCACAUUUACCUCCCGUGCCUUCCUAUUGCCUGACUUCUGAUUUUAAUCUGCUUUCUGAUAUGGGGGCUACAGGAAUUGACACUCAAGAACGCCAAAAGGACAAGACAGACACUGAAAGCAAGCAGGAGAGAAAACAUCCCAUAUUUCGCAAGCCUGGUGACUGGGAUUGUCCAUGGUGUAAAGCAGUGAAUUUUUCACAGAGAGAGAGUUGCAUCCGCUGUGGGAAGGGCAUCUGGCUGCAUAACCCUUAAUGUAUUCAUCAACAUGAAUUAG